UGAGGAGAUCCGGCUAGAGGGGAGGCUCCGACGUCUCCUUCCUUCCUGGUUCCUGCUGCAGCUGCCGCCACUGCUCAGCUCCGUAAGCAGGGAGCUGGCGGCUCGGAGACGGUGACAGAGGCGGAGCGGUGCGCGGGCCAAGGAGCACUGGUGUCCAUGGACCCUGGGGUAAGGGGGCCGCGCUGGCAUCAGCUGACAUUCCCCAAGAAGGGGACAUUCACCUGAAGCUGGUGGGUCUGCUCUUCCAGAGAUGAGGGCGGGAAUGGAGGUGGAAAGGGGGCACCCACCUGGUUCACCUCGACCUGCACCCUCUACUAACAGAGCCUCCCCUCCACCCGCAAGCAGUGAGGGGCCAGGAUCCCACGGAGCCAGGAAAAGGGCACAGAGACACCCAAAACACUGGAGAGUUUGUUAACUUUCAAUGGCUGAAUGUAGGAGUUUUCCCCCCAGGUCAGCCUCUGGUAGCAUGGGCCCCUCUGCCCUGAUCUCCUGGCCACCCGCACCCCACCACGUCCCUGUCCCCUCCUGGCCUCAGCUCCACCGGAAGAUCUGGGCUGCUUCCCCAGCUUCAGGCCAACCUUGCCCCUCCAGUCCCCUCCCCCAUCUCACACACACAGCCUCAUGCAUUAUGGAUCUCCCCGUGGAGCCAGGAUGGCCAGGGCUGGUGCCAAGGGCGCCUGUGGGCACUGCUGCGGGGCCUGUGCGGUCCUUGGCAUGUGUCUCCAGUGGUUCGUCCCCCGCUCUCUCCAGGUGGAUGGUACUUCUUAGGAGCCCCAGGGAUGGGGAUGAAAGAAAGGAGGCUUGGGGGACGGGGGGACAGAGGGUCCGAAGUGGGCAUCCUAGGGGGGCGAUUGAUGGGAGGCACAGGGGAAAAUGCGGGCUGUCUCAGGCCUCAGUUUCCUCAGGCAGAAAAAUGGGAGCCCAGGAACUAGAGGAUAUGGAGGCCAAUUGGUGGGGAGCUGGGGUCAAGAGGUUGGGGGGCUCUGUAAAGGGAUGGCAGAGGAGUCUCCAUGCUGUGGUGCUGGGCUCAGGGAUCCUGGCGGAAGAGGAGCUGGGUUGAGAUCUCGCAUGUCUAGUCUCUGGAUUCCUCUGUCCUAUUUUGGGGCCUCUUCCUUCACUCCCCUGCCUCACCUCUGAUUACCCCCAGGGAAUCCUCCAGAGAAAGCAUGGGGUGUUUCCUGGAGCCGGGGAACGUGUGAGUGCCUAAGGUGGGGCAGGGCUGACUUUUCGAGGUUUUCUUUUGGCACCGGCCUGCCUGCUGCGCGCUCCACCUCUCUGGGCAGCGGGCGCUGAGACCUGCCCAGAGUGGGGUGGGGACAGGCUUGGGAGAGGUGUGGCAGGUGAGCGGAAGAUGUGCUCGGGGGCUCUCAUCCCAGAGGGUGCAAGAGGGGCUGGAGGUGGGGAAGGUGAUAGACGAGUCUGUGCUAACAGGGUCUCUCUCUGCUUCAAGGGCCCCCUCAGGACAAGGUGACAUCUUUCCCCCUCCACUCUCCUCUACGUCCUCAGCAGGGAGUGGCCACUCCCUUCCCCAUGGACUUCCAAGAGCGGGACCCUCCCUCCCUGGCUGAGAGCACACAGUCCGCCAAGCCCAGCAGUGCCCAGCAGGCCUCCGAGCUGUGGGAGGUAGUGGAGGAGCCUCGGGGCCGGCUGGGGGCAGAGGGUAUCAUGCCCGAGAGGCAGGAAGGCCACCUGCUCAAGAAGAGGAAGUGGCCUCUGAAGGGCUGGCACAAGAGAUACUUUGUGCUCGAGGAUGGGAUCCUUCACUACGCAACGACUCGGCAAGAUAUCACCAAGGGGAAGCUCCAUGGCUCCAUUGAUGUCCGACUGUCGGUCAUGUCCAUCAACAAAAAGGCCCAGCGCAUUGACCUUGACACUGAAGACAACAUCUACCACCUCAAGAUCAAAUCACAGGACCUGUUCCAGAGCUGGGUGGCUCAGCUGCGUGCCCACCGCCUGGCCCAGCACCUGGAUGUGCCCCGAAGCCUGCUGCCCAGCACCACUCACCGGAAGGUUCCUGGUGCCCAGCUUCCGGCAGCGGGUAGUGCCUCGGCUCUGCCAGGGGUUGGACCUCAGGAGAAGGUGUCUUCCUGGCUGAGGGACAGUGAUGGGUUAGACCGCUGUUCUCAUGAGCUCUCUGAGUGUCAGGGGAAGCUCCAGGAACUCCACAGACUCCUCCAGAGCCUGGAGUCCCUGCCCCGGAUCCCCUCAGCCCCUGUUAUCCCCACACACCAGGCCUCGGUGACGACCGAGAGACCCAAGAAGGGGAAGCGGACCAGCCGCAUAUGGUGCACACAGAGCUUUGCCAAGGACGACACCAUCGGGCGGGUGGGUCGUCUCCACGGCUCUGUUCCCAACCUAUCUCGCUACCUGGAGUCCCGGGACCCCUCGGGCCCCCGCGGGCUGCCACCCCCAGACUAUGCCCACGUGCAGCGCAGUUUCUGGGCCCUGGCUCAGAAGGUGCACAGCUCGCUCAGCAGUGUCCUGGCCGCCCUCACCACUGAACGGGACCGACUGAGGGACCUGCACCAGGGUUCGGAUCCAUCCAGGCUGGGGGUCUCUGAGGCCGCAGCCGGCCCGAGGCGCCUCCACUCGCUGUCCGUGUCCUCCGACACCACUGCAGACUCCUUCAGCUCCCUCAACCCCGAGGAGCAAGAAGCUCUGUACAUGAAGGGGCGAGAGCUGACCCCUCAGCUGUCCCAGAGCAGCGUCCUUUCCCUCGCUGAUUCCCACACAGAGUUCUUUGAUGCCUGUGAGGUUCUCCUCUCUGCCAGCUCUUCUGAGAAUGAGGGCUCAGAGGAGGAGGAGUCGUGCACCAGUGAAGUCACCACCAGCCUGUCCGAGGAGGUGCUCGACCUCAGGGGAGCUGAGCGCUGUCAGAAAGGAGGAGCCGUGGGACCACCCCGCCGCCGAUGCCUACCUGCGGCCAGUGGGCCCGGGGCCGACGUGAGCCUGUGGAACAUCCUGUGGAACAACAUCGGCAAGGACCUGUCCAAGGUGUCGAUGCCCGUGCAGCUCAACGAGCCACUCAGCACCCUGCAGCGGCUCUGCGAGGAGCUGGAGUACAGCAGCCUUCUGGACCAGGCCAGCCAGACCACCGACCCCUGCGAGCGCAUGGUGUACAUCGCAGCCUUCGCAGUGUCAGCCUACUCCUCCACAUACCACCGGGCGGGCUGCAAGCCCUUCAACCCUGUCCUGGGGGAGACCUACGAGUGCGAGCGGCCUGACCGAGGUUUCCGCUUCAUCAGUGAGCAGGUCUCCCACCACCCCCCCAUCUCGGCGUGCCAUGCGGAGUCUGAGAACUUCAUAUUCUGGCAAGACAUGAAGUGGAAGAACAAGUUCUGGGGCAAAUCCCUGGAGAUUGUGCCUGUGGGGAUGGUCAAUGUGAGCCUGCCCAGGUUUGGGGACCACUUUGAGUGGAACAAGGUGACGUCCUGCAUUCACAACAUCCUGAGUGGCCAGCGCUGGAUUGAGCACUACGGGGAGGUGCUCAUCCGGAACACGCAGGACAGCUCCUGCCACUGCAAGAUCACCUUCUGCAAGGCCAAGUACUGGAGCUCCAACGUCCAUGAGGUGCAGGGUGCCGUGUUUAGCCGAAGCGGCCGCGUCCUCCACCGACUCUUCGGGAAGUGGCCCGAGGGCCUGUACCGGGGACCCCCGCCGGGCAGUCAGUGCAUCUGGAAACCCAACUCAAUGCCCCCAAACUAUGAGCGCAACUUCGGCUUCACUCAGUUUGCUUUGGAGCUGAAUGAGCUGACGGCAGAGCUGAAGCGGUCCCUGCCUUCCACAGACACGCGGCUCCGGCCAGACCAGAGGUACCUGGAGGAGGGGAACAUACAGGCCGCCGAGGCCCAGAAGAGAAGGAUCGAGCAGCUUCAGCGAGACAGGCGCAAAGUCAUGGAGGAGAACAACAUUGUCCACCAGGCUCGCUUCUUCAGGCGGCAGACAGACAGCAGCGGGAAGGAGUGGUGGGUGACUAACAACACAUACUGGCGGCUGCGGGCCGAGCCGGGCUACGGGAACCUGGACGGGGCCGUGCUCUGGUAGCCCAGGCCCCAGGGGCAGGAGGCCCCGGUCCCCCCUCCUGCCCCCACCCCGCCACGGACACAUGGGCGAGGCCAGGCUCUCCCACUCACUGCCCUGGAGACCAAAGGGGAAGCCCUGGCUCUGGCCCUCUCCCCUCUGCCGGCCAGAGGGGCUGCAUCUCAGCCCAUCACCCACCCCUUGUUUGGGGUGGGAAGCAGUAUUCGUGCUUCCCCAGUCUUGUUGCCCCAGACAACCAGCAUGUAAGACCCUCCUUGCUCUGUCAACCCCUUCCUUACCCCCUGGGGUACUUGGGGGAGACUCCAGGCCCUCCAGGAUCUGUUCCCCAUUUCAGUGCCUUCCUAGGACACAGGGGACCCCUCGACGUUCCCCAGGAUUCCCAUGCCCAGGACUCGGGCCCCAGCUGUGAGGUUGGAGUGAGUGAAGGAGAGGGGAUGGCCUUUUCUCCCACCCCCGUCCCUCCCAUGCCCCAUCUCCAGCAUCUUCUCCCCCUGCCCUGGCCCAGAGGGGCUCCCUUUGCUUGGCCCUGGCAAUUUCUCCUAUCCUCCUGGAUCCCCUUCUCCCAAACUGCAAAACGCCUGCAGCUCCUUCGUCCCUGGUCCUCAAGUGGUUUCCUAAAGUCUCAGCUCAGUGGAUCCCCCAGAGCAGACAGGGCAGGAAGGGCGCCUGGCCUCUGACCCACCCGGAGUGAGCGAGCACUCAUGAGAGUGUUGGUUUGUGUAGAAGAGUGUGUGCGUGUGCCUGUGUACUGCUUGCGGGCGAGCAGGAUUCCUCGUGUAGGCCGGAUGUCCCCUGCGGGGGGUCCGCCACCAUUGCUGCUCAUUUUACCAGUCUGCCUCUGAUUAAGGUGAAUUGCUAUGACAUUCCAAACUCCAGUAAAGACUGU